AUGAUUUCUAAUGACACGGUAUUGGGGCUCCUUUUUCUGUGUCAGACUGUGUUUGGGGCCUUGGGGAACUCCUUCCUCCUGGGCCUUUAUAUCACCACCUUCUUAAUUGGUACCAAGCUGAGGCCCAUAGACUUACUUAUCUCCCAUUUGGCCUUUGUCAAUGACUUGGUGCUUCUCUCCAAAGGGGUCCCUCAGACAAUGGCUGCUUUUGGGCUCAACAAUUUCCUGGAUGAUGUGGGAUGUCAACUUGUGUUUUACUUUCACCGUGUGGCCCGGGGCAUUUCUCUCUGCACCACUUGUCUCCUGAGUAGCAUCCAAACCAUCACGUUAAGUCCUAGAAGCUCCAGGUGGGCAGAAGUCAAAGCCAGAAUAACAAAGUGCAUUGUCUCAUUCUGUUUCUUGUGCUGGACUUUUCAUCUGCCCAUAUAUUACAUUAUUCUCUUAAAUGUCAAAGGCCCAAUAAGAGUGAAAAACAUCACUGAAAGAAAUAAUUUGAUUUAUUGUUCUGCUCCAAUUGGUAUUUCAUUUAAUGUUGCAUUACAUAUAUUCGUAUUCUCCCUUCCUGAUAUUUUAUGUGUAGGAAUUAUGGUGGGAACCAGUGGAUAUAUGAUUUUUGUCUUGUACAGACACCACCAGAAAGUCCAAUAUAUUCAUGGCAAUGAUCUGACAUCAAGUAGCAACCCUGAAAUCAGAGCCACCCAAACCAUACUGCUGUUGGUCAGUAUGUUUGUAUCUUUUUACUCCUUGAAUACUAUUUUAACAUUGUUUAUGCAGUUUGAGAAGCCAGCUUCCUGGCUGGUUCAUGUCAAUGUCUUCCUAGCUGCCUGUUUUCCAGUUUGUAGCCCCUUUGUUCUAAUUGUCAGUGACUCUCAAGUCCUCAAGUACUCUUUGGCUCUGUGGGAUAGAAUAAAGCUUCCAGUCCAAUAA